AUGGACGUGGACGUGGACGUGGACGUGGACGUGGACGUGGACGUGUUGGACGUGGACGUGGACGUGGACAUGGACGUGGACGUGGACGUGGACGUGGACGUGUGGACGUUGGACGUGGACGUGGACGUGGUGUGGGACGUGGACGUGGACGUGGACGUGGACGUGGACUGUGGACGACGUGUGGACGUGGACGUGGACGUGGUGUGGGGACGUGGACGUGGAGUGGACGUGGACGUGGACGUGGACGUGGACGUGGACGUGGGGUGGUUGGACGUGGACUGGACGUGGACGUGGGACGUGGACGUGGGACGUGGACGUGGACGUGGACGGGACGUGGACGUGGACGUGGACGUGGACGUGGACGUGGACGGACGUGACGUGGACGUGGACGUGGACGUGGACGUGGACGUGGACGUGGACGUGGACGUGGACGUGGACGUGGACGUGGACGUGGACGUGGACGUGGACGUGGACGUGGACGUGGACGUGGACGUGGACAUGGACGUGGACGUGGACGUGGACGUGGACAUGGACGUGGACGUGGACGUGGACGUGGACGUGGACGUGGACGUGGACGUGGACGUGGACGUGGACGUGGACGUGGACGUGGACAUGGACGUGGACGUGGACGUGGACGUGGACAUGGACGUGGACGUGGACGUGGACGUGGACAUGGACGUGGACGUGGACGUGGACGUGGACGUGGACGUGGACGUGGACGUGGACGUGGACGUGGACGUGGACGUGGACAUGGACGUGUGA